GGAUUUGUUGGUUCUGUGUGGUGGUUUGAUAACGUGAACGUUGGGUUUUUGGAGUACUUGUGGGUUUUUUUGGCUAUGGGUCAAGGUUGGAAAAGGUUAUCUUUGCUAGUAGUCUUCUUGUUUUGGAGGAAUGCUGAUGGAUUUAAAAGUGGAGCAUAUUCAGAGUCCCAUCAUGGGUGGGGUCAGCCUUCUGAUGGUCUUACCCCCCAUGCAGUCCAGUCUUCCAUGUCAGAGGUCCAUGUGACUGGGACUUUGCCUGUUGAAGAAGUGGGCUCCAGUUUGUUCCCUACUAAGCCCCUGAAGAGCAAGUCAAAAUGGAAUCUAGCUCAGUUUGUCAAAGGUGGUUCCAGCAGCUAUCCAUCAAUGCCCGAUGCCCAGGCUACUCCAAGCAGCUCUGUAUCAGUUUCCUUGCCUCUGUCCCGGAAUCAACAGUCUUCAAGCAGUUUUGCGUCCUCUGGAUCAACUGUUCCAGGUGUUACUGGGGGACUACGUUUGGUGACCCAAUAUGCUGCAAGUGGUUCUAGACCAGUUUCUACCCUAAGAGAGAGAAGUAGCUAUCCUGCCCAGCUUGGUGUUUCUAGCCAAUCCACCAGUGAUUCUUUGCAUGUGUCCAGCUCCCAAGAAACCCAAAGUGCUUUCAGUCAGUCCACCAGUAUCUUGAGUUCCCAAAAGCAAUAUAGUGCUGCCUCUCAGGUCAGCUCUGGGGCUCAGCUUGGGGCCUCUACUGGUUUGCUCCCGCAGAGAAUGAGCAGCUCUUCCAGUGGUUCUGUCCAGUCUCCAGGUAGCACAAGUCAGUUUGCCCUCGGGUCUUACCCAUUUGCUGCAAGUGUGUCACUGUCCUCCCCACAAGCUGGUCCAUCUACUGUUCUGGGUCCUCAGAAGCAGCUGACCUCUACCUACACUGGCAGCUCUGGCACCCAGGCAGGAUCCUCUACUCCCUUCACCCUGCAUGGAAGUCCUGCUUAUGGAUCAAGUCAGCCUCAAGGUACCACAAGUCUGUCUGCCCCUGGGUCUCCAUCCUCCUAUCCAGGUUUAUCCCAGUCCUCACCCCAAGGUGUUGCCAGUCAAUCUAGUUCACAGAAGCGGCUUACCUCCGUCUACCAGAUCAGUUCUGGGCCUCAGCUUGGGGCCUCUACUGGUUUGCUCCCGCAGAGAAUGAGCAGCUCUUCCAGUGGUUCUGUCCAGUCUCCAGGUAGCACAAGUCAGUUUGCCCUCGGGUCUUACCCAUUUGCUGCAAGUGUGUCACUGUCCUCCCCACAAGCUGGUCCAUCUACUGUUCUGGGUCCUCAGAAGCAGCUGACCUCUACCUACACUGGCAGCUCUGGCACCCAGGCAGGAUCCUCUACUCCCUUCACCCUGCAUGGAAGCCCUGCUUAUGGUGGAUCAAGUCAACUUCAAGACAUGAGUCACUUUGCUGCUAGCAGUCCAUAUGGAGGCUUGUACUGCAAAUGUGCGUUGUCACCUCCAGGUGUAGACCAUCCCUCUACUUUUCAGAGUUCACAAAAGCGGUUUACCUCUAGCUAUGGAACCCAAUCAGGGUCUUCACCAUUUACUCUGCAAGGAAGUGUCACUUUUGAUGGCUCGCAGCCUCAAGGUGUUGCCAGUCAAUCUGUUCAUGGCUCUCUGAAGAAACUUCCAUCCACCUUCGUAGGCAGCUCUGGAACCCAGGUAGGGUCCUCUACUGCUAUCCUGCAGGGAGGCACUACUUAUGGUGGAUAAUCUAAGCCUGAAGAUACCGCAAGUGCGUUUGUUCCUGGGUCUCAGUCCUCUUAUGCAAGUGUAUCACGGUCUUCACCUCAAGAUGUUGCUGGUUCUGGUCCUGCUGAUUUCUCAGCAGUUUACUUCUACCUUCACCGGCAACUGAUUCAAGUGCCUUUCAGAAUUGAAACCCCAAUAAAGGUUGGAUGUCAAGCA